AUGAAAGCGGAAGACAUUCAAAAACUCCUUGAACAACAACAAAACAAAUUCAAUCAACAGCAAAAGGAACUUCAGGAACACCAAAACAAACAAUUAAUGCUACAGCAAAAUCAGAUUGCAGAAUUGUUGAAAAAAUUGGGCAAUACGCCGAAUAUUGAUAGUGCAACUUCGCUUCAUCAAGAAGGAGCAGCGCUAUAUGGUAAAUUGCAUAAAUUGAUUUCUGAGUUCCAUUGUGAUAUUCCAAGGGCAUUCACGUUCGAAACGUGGUACGAUAAGUACAAAUCGUACUUUGAAAUUGAGGGGGCCACAUUGAGUGAUGAAAUGAAAGCUAGAUUGCUUAUUGCGAAAUUAGGUGGUCCCGAAUAUUCUAAAAUUGCCCAAAAAUUAUUGCCACGAAAAUUAUCAGACCUGAAAUAUGGGGAAUUGUUAAUUGAAUUGAAAGAGGAGUUUGGGGACCCGAGGUCCAAAUUGCUAAAGCGUUUCGAUACGCUGAAAUUGAAAUGUAAUGAAUUUGAAAAUAUAUUGCAAUUUGGGAAUCUCGUAAAUGCCGAAUGUGAAAAGUCAGAAAUGAAUCUGACUAUUGAAGAAAUGAAAAUAUUGAUAUUUAUUGUAGGUCUUCCUGACUCUGCAAUGGAUUUGAAACAAAAUUGCAUUCGGAUGGUUGAAAAUAAAUCAAAGAAGAAAGAAGAUUGUAAAUUCAAAGAGUUAUUGGAAGAUUGUCGAGGAUUCUUGUCUACGAAAAAAGAGGUCAAAUUAUUGUCUGAACCUGUACAGGUCAGUAAAAUUGAAUUGGGUUCACCACCGGAAAUAAAUAUUAUUCAGGAACCUCAAUUACAACAAAAAUCAAAUAUUGAAAUUGAAAACAAGAAUCGAUAUUAUCCACCACCAAAAAGGCCAUAUUGUAGUCAUUGCAAAAAAGAAGGACAUUGGACUUCUUAUUGUUAUUUUGCUGGUAAGCGUAAAUUCUCACCUAGAGUGAAUAAUUUGAAAAUUGGUUUAGAUAAGAGCAAUGAUGGUCCUUAUUGUAUAUUGUUGGAUAUUGAAGACAAUGAAGUGUUACAAAAACAUAAUUGGAUUGUUCAAAAAUUGAAAAUCAAUGGGACUUCAUUGAAUAUGAUUGUUGAUACAGCUGCACAAAUUUCUAUUAUUUCAAAGGAAACGUGGUCACAAAUUGGUGAACCUAAAUUGGAGGAAGUUUCCUAUAAUGGAAUUGCAAUGGGCCAAUCAAAAUUCAAAAUUGAAGGAAAAUUUGCAACACAGAUUGAUUGUAAUGAUAAAAAAGAAGAAUUAGAUUGCCAUGUUGUGGAAGGCAAAUUGAAUUUAAUUGGAUUGCCCUGGCUUAAAAAAUUGAAUUUAUUGAAGAAUAUUGUGAAUGUUCCAGAAUUCGAGAAGAAAAGGAAGGAAAUUGUCUGGAACAAACAAAAGCCAUUGCCAAAACCAAUUGUAAAGAAAAAACUCUGGAAAGGCAAAAAUGUCAUGGUGAAGAACAAAAACAAUAGAACCAACAAAAUUGAAUGGCUCAGAGGUGAAAUUGUGGGCAAAGUUGGUCAAUUGUUUAGAGUUCAAGUAUAUUGCCUGAAGAGUGUAAUAUUGAGAAAAAUUGAAGAUAUUAAAGAAGAUUAUCAACAGCCAAAAAUUGAACCAAAGAAUGGUUACGCUGUCAAACGUUCCAAUGCGAGGCUUUACAAUGAAGGCGCAACACCAAAGAAGAAGACAAAAGUCCAAUCUGAAGAAUCUGAGGGAUCUGAAGAUAGGAUGAAGAGCUGUUCUGAGGGAUCGUUAAAAUCUGAGGGUUCAAUAAAUUCUGGAGGAUAGAAGAAAGUAAAAUAAAAAAUAGAUAAAUUAUGUUCCCUUGUUUGUAAAAUUUUAUUUUGUUCCCUUAUUCCCUCAUUUUUUUUGUAUGUAUUUUGUUGACCGGACUUUUGUUAUUGUUGUAUGUUUUGUAUUGCGGUGUUGUAACCCCAGCCUUGCAAAGGGGGAGGUGUUGUGGUGUGGUGGCUAGUAUA